UCCUGCUUCUGCCGCCUCCUCAAUCUUCUUCCAGGGCAUUGGCGGCUUGCGCUGACCUCUGAUCUGCCCCGCCGAGGCGUCACUUCCUAUUGUCUCCGCGUGGGAAGCGGCCGGAGAAGAAGGUGCCACUUGCGGGCCCCGUGAGGCAGCGGAGAUCAUGGCUCGAAAUGCAGAAAAGGCUAUGACAGCCUUGGCGAGAUUUCGCCAAGCUCAGCUUGAGGAAGGAAAAGUUAAGGAAAGAAGACCUUUUCUUGCAUCAGAAUGUAAUGAGUUGCCUAAAGCUGAGAAAUGGAGACGUCAGAUUAUUGGAGAAAUUUCCAAGAAAGUGGCACAGAUUCAGAAUGGUGGGUUAGGUGAAUUCAGAAUUCGAGACUUGAAUGAUGAAAUUAACAAACUCCUAAGAGAGAAGGGGCACUGGGAGGUCCGGAUAAAGGAGCUGGGAGGUCCUGAUUAUGCAAGAGUUGGUCCUAAAAUGCUAGAUCAUGAAGGAAAGGAAGUUCCAGGAAACAGGGGUUACAAAUAUUUUGGAGCUGCUAAAGAUUUACCGGGUGUCAGAGAGCUCUUUGAAAAGGAACCCCUCCCUCCUCCAAGGAAGACUCGAGCUGAGCUUAUGAAGGCUAUUGACGCAGAGUAUUACGGCUACAGGGAUGAAGAUGAUGGUGUCUUGGAGCCAUUGGAACAGGAACAUGAAAAGAAAGUCAUAGCAGAAGCAGUGGAAAAAUGGAAAGUAGAGAGAGAGGCACGAGUUGCGGGAGGUGACAAGGAGGAGGAAGAGGAGGAAAUAAACAUCUAUGCUCGCCAAAGAAAAGAAAGUGAAGAAGGGCAGCAGAAAUUUAUUGCCCAUGUUCCAGUGCCAUCACAACAAGAGAUUGAGGAAGCUCUUGUGCGGAGGAAGAAGAUGGAGCUUCUCCAGAAGUAUGCCAGUGAAACUCUCAUGGCACAAAGUGAAGACGAAAAGGCUCCUAGGAUUCUAGAUUUCACAGUGGCCUUUACAGUCUGCUUGACGCCAGCAAAUGUAACUAGAUAUCAAGCCCCUGAGAGCCAGGAAUUGCAGCCAUGA